GAAGACUGUGUCGAAGCGAGGGAAAACGACGAAAAAUCGUUUUCACUCCGAGCAUUUAUUUUUAGCUUCGUUCGAAAAGAAUCUUGAAAUCGGUCGCGUAAUGUGAUCGCAUUUUUGUUGCGACGUGAAAAUCCCGUGCUUUAGUUAAACAGUGCACUACAGUCGAUUGGAGGCAGAGAGAAAAACGCUGCUCAUCCAAUUGAGAAAAUUUUUGUUUCAUUGAACAAACAACGACACAACAGCGUAGUUCAGCGGAAAAUUCACAGUCGUAAUUCAUCCGAACGAAAACGAAAAGGAAAAACAUUUAUUGUUUGUUAAGAUAAAGAGAAAAUUCACGAAUCUUUGGAUGACACGACAGAGAGAGAGAGAGAGAGAAAGAGUGAAAAAAAGAGCAACGAACGCAAACACAAUAUAGGAACCGUUUAAUUGCCUGGGUUUGAGACGGAAUUUCUUUUGUUUAAGACGGAAUAACUUUUUUCAUCUAUUCACUUUGAAUCGCAAUUUAUUUGAUCGUCGAGUACAAAAGCAGCUGAAAAUGGGUAGUACACCGUCGACGCCAGUUCGUGAUAGAAGUGAUGAUCCUUGGUGGCCGAUUGAAAAUCAAAUCUUAGAUUUAAAUCCAAAUGCAAUGGAUACGCCAAAUAAUUCGAAUACGAAUAGUGUUGAGGAACAAAGAACUCUGCCGGAGAAAUCUGAACCUUUAUCAAAUAAUUCUGAAAAAAAUCAUGUGGAUGAAAGCAAUUCAAUUGAAAAUAUUAGUGGCUCAUUCGAGGAAUUGAGCAAAAGUGAUAUUGAAAUUGAAUCGUCCGCCGAAUCUAGUGCAAAUGCGACCAAUAGUGAAACGGAACGCGUACAGCAACGGCAACAAAGCCUUGAAGAAUUUAAAGAAGAAUUACGAAUUAAACGUGAAAUGCGAACGAACGCAAUUAGUGAAUUACGAAAUGAAAUAAGCAGUCUACGUAAGCAGCUGGCCGAUGAAAAGGAGCUCACCAAACAAUUGAAAGAAACUCAAAACAAAGAGAAUCUUUGUAACAUUUGUGGUAGCAUUUAUAAUUCGCUCGAAUGUACGGCUCAAGCAAACAUCGCAACAGCAGUCGCUUCAACCGAAUCAAACAUUACUUUGCGCUCACAAUUGGCCGAGCUUCAAUUUUCGCUUCAAAAUGCGAACGCUGAAAUACUGACGCUUUCAAGUGAAUUGGCGGCUACGAAAAAGCAAGCAAAAUCAUUGAAAGAAGUCAUCGCUGCCAGCAAGGAGAUUAUCGAAAUUCGUGAAACGGAAUUGACACAGUUGAAAACCAAACUGAAAGAAAUCGAAAAUUCGCUGGCCGAACGAGAGUUGCAUAUGAUGUCGGAAAAUUUGCGUCAGGAAUAUGAUCGACAAUUGGCUAACAUACGCAAUUUGCGUGCUUUGUAUGAAGAACGAGCUCGCAUCAGUGCAGCUGAAAAAGAAAAUCUCAAUCGCCAAUUGGAAACGAGCCGAGCUGAACACAGCUCUGAAGUUGAAAAGAACAAAAAUCUUGAAGAUCACAUCGCAUCGCUUGAUACCGAUCUAAAGUCAACGACUACCGAUUUGUACGCGACAAAGGAGCAACUGACGUUUUACAAAGCCGAAAAUAGAGACCUACGCGAUGAAAUGACCGUUGUGAAUCAGUUAUUCGGUCAGUUAUUGGCGGGCUUUAAUGGCAACAAUAACAUUGAUAUUGACAAAUUGACUUUGAUGCUAGAGGAGAAUCGCGAUCUGUUGAAUGACAUAACAAGCAAGGAGAAUUGUAAAGAGGGAGCCGCUCAAAUUCCGAAAUUGAUCUUUGACUUGGUUUCUCAAGCAGAUAAAACCACCGAAAAUCCAAUUGUUGUCGAAGCAACUGUGGCAUCUGACUCACCAUCGACUGAUUCUGCUACUGAACAAAGUGCAGCAAAAGUGUCGUCUGCUCAAGAAAUCAUUCACAAUUUGCCCAAAGUAUGGAGAGUUUUAACCGAGCUUCUCAAUCACCAACAAUUGAAGCCGGUUCCACUCCAGGAAAUGAAUAAAGGCGAACACUGCUACAAAUCCAUCCAAACACCAAGCGGCCCUCAAAUGGUGUUAAGCGUUAGCAAAACCUACAUACGUUUAAAGGAUUUAAUUAUGGAAAAGAAAUUCUUGCAAAAGGAAACGAAAAAGCUGAAAAACUUGAACUCACAUCUUGAGUCUCGUUUGGGAGAACAGGAGCAGCGUUUGGGUGCUGUAAGCAUUGAAUUGAAUAAAACAUGGAAUUUAGUGGGUCGAAUGCAAAGACAACAUCGUCAACUACAUACCCAUGAGCAAGUGUUACGGUAUCAAUUGCAGCAAAAGCGUCGAAUGCUCAGCGAAUUGAAGGAGGAAUUGGAAUAUUGUCGUCGGAAGUGGGCGUUGGCCAAGGAAAAGAACAAUGAAUCUCAAAGCCAAUGGGAAACGCUUCGACUUGAGUUUAGCAAACGCAAAGAAAGUGAUUUGAAUAAUUCUGGCGAGAGUGGAUACAGCGAUAGUCCAGCAUCGGAAGAAGACGAAGAGGACAGCAGUGCUUCGAUUGAAAAACCACGAAGCAGCCGAUUGAAGAAAAAGUUGAACAUGGAUAAUUUCUUACUCACCACCGAUGAAAAGGACCGGAAGACAAUUCGAAUUCACAGCGUGUCGCCGGUGCGAAACGCCAAAGUGAGUGUCACUCGACGUAAUAGUGACUCGCACAUAACACAAUACGCCACUGAAGUGUUUCAGCCCACAUCGGACGUUGUGCAGCCAAUCGUGCACACGGUUUGUAGUGCCGAAUGUGGUGAGAAUUGUGUCAAGCACUCGGUUCAUUUUGAUGCAGAGGCACAGAAAUCCACCGAUCAAGUCAAAGUGUCAGAACCAGUGAUUCACAGUGCCAAACAUGAAUUGACCAAUGCCCAGAAGUUGGUUGAAUCGAAAGCAACGGGUAGCAAAACGAAAAUGUGCUGUGAAAUGCGGCAAAAGGCAACCACAUCGAAACCAUCGACGAGUAAAAAUGAAGAGUCAUUGGAGGAUAUGUUCUUCCGAUUGUCCGGCGAUGAACCAGCAAGUGAAGAACCAAGGAGCAGCCAGGACAAUGAAAGUAGUGGAAGUCAAAUUAAUGAACCGACUGACGUUCCGCCGACACUAGCACCAAGCCCAGAAGAACGUGAACGUAAACGAUUGGCCAGAAUUGAACGAUUAGAAGGGCAAUGCAAACAAUUAUUGUCACAAGUGACUCGGGCUUCAAACAGGGGCGAUGACCUCAAGAAACGAAUCAAUGACAUUCACAGUCGUUAUACACCAGAUCGCGAGGCUUUAUCAUCAGAGAAACAAAUUGCUCCGACUCAAUCUGAAUCACAAUCCGAGCCACAGCCAUCGACAUCAACGAUGGAAAGUAUUUCUUCAAAAUCAGAUGAACAAUGCUUGAGCCCCACCGAAAAGGAAUAUCUCUUGCGAAGAGAUGAGCGUUUAAAACGUCUUGAAUCUGAAUCUCAAGCGCACAUGGACAAGGUGAAAUCGAUCAAUCGACGAGCCACCGAUGUUGAUAACAAAUUGGAAUUUUUACACGGGCGUUAUGGCAAUGAAACUGACGAAAAUGGUGAUACAAGUGGAUCUCGUGAACAAACAACUGAACCACAGCCAUCAUCACCAUCACCAAGAGUAGAAACUACCGUAGUAAAGUCUGACGAAGACUGUUUAAGUGCAACUGAAAGAGAAUACCUGUCUCGUCGAGAUGAACGCCUGAAGCGGCUUGAAGCCGAGUCUCAAGCGCACAUAAAUCGAAUGAGAGCAGCGACUCAGCGACAAGCAACAGAUGUUGAUAACAAAUUAGAACAUACCAGUGAAACCGUGGAAAAUGCCAUUCAUCCAACAAGCACUUCAAACGAAUCAAUUGAAAACGCGUCCAAUCAAAAUGACACCAAUGAGCCGCAACCAUCAUCAUCAUUGGGAAUAGAAAAAACAGAAGACUCUUCAAAAUCGGAUGAACAAUGUUUAAGUUCUACUGAACAAGAGUAUCUCUCACGUAGAGACGAACUUGAAGCUGAGUCUCAAGUGCAUGUGAAUCGAAUGAAAUUGGUUAAUCAACGAGCAACAGAUGUCGACUCACAGUUAGAACAUUUGCAUGAGCGUUACAGCAGCGAAAUGAGUACCAUAGAAACUACAAGCACUACAGAUGAAUCCCGCGACAACCCACCUAAUCAAAACGAAGACAAUCAGCCGACUUAUGAUGGAUCAGCAUCGAAUGAUGAUAACCAUGGGCCAUCUGAUUGAAUUCGGAAAUUAUUAUUCGGUUUUAUGUUUUAUAUGUGUUUUUGACCAUAAAUAAUAACGGGUUUAACGUUGAAUUUAUAUCGAAUUUGCGUCGAUUUUAUAUUUCGAAUAAAAUGAUUAUUGUGUGAAAAAGAAA